CUUUGCUUCUUGCCCAAACCAAACGCAAUUCAUUCAUUCAGCCGUGAGUCUUCUUCGCCACUCGAAUCAACUGAAAAUUCCUUUUGAAGCAAAAUAAUGGCAACAAAAGCAACUGAGGAGCUACCAAAAGAAGAAGCUAAGGUUGACCUGUUUGAAGAUGAUGACGAGUUUGAAGAAUUUGAAAUCGAUCAAGUGUGGGAUGUCAAGGAAGAUGGGAAAGAAGCAACCCAACAGUGGGAAGAUGAUUGGGAUGACGAUGAUGUGAAUGAUGACUUCUCUUUGCAGCUAAGGAGAGAACUUGAAAGCAACACUGAGAAAAAGUGAGUGAAAGCUACAAGUCUAGUAUUGUUUUCAUAUUUUAAGAGACCACCUUUAAGCUAAUAUCAUUUCUUGAAUGAACGAAUGAAUGAAUGACUACUUGUAUUGAUGUUCAACUACUACUCGUAUUGAUGUUCAACUGAUUUAUGCCGUAUUCAAUUUAUAUAAGUGAAAAUCAUUUGAACU